AUGUCCAAUAACUCCAGUAAAAGAGGAAUUUCACCAACUUCUAAGCCAAAUAAAAGAUCCAAAUCUGUAACCCCUACAACUGACGACUCAGUGCUUGACAAUGUCGAACCUUUAACUACUGAAAAAUAUGUGCAUUGUACACAAAUGUCUCUAUCGUCACCAGAUUCUCCAUGUCGCAGCCCCUCUAUCUUUACGUGCAGUAUGCCAACGGUAAGACUGGUUGACAUACAAGACACUAUACCUACGUGCAUUGAAAAGUCAGCACAGUCUACUAAACAGUAUGUGCUACCAAGGCCUAAGUCUAAAAUUUCAAAAACUAAAGAGUCCAAUGGUCCACCUCAUACGCACCAAAAUACUGAUAGAUAUAGUAAUGACAUCCGACAGCUACAAAACUCUCUAUCCGAAAUUAACGGCAAACUUGAGCAAUUAGCACCCCUCACUCAUAUAUGGGGCCUUGAUACAGACAGAAACCUUGAGCAACUCACUAAAGCUGAGUGUAUUUUGGAGUUUGUGGCUGGAGAAGUGACGAAGAGAGUAAUGUCCUCCUUCAAUGCAGUUGUGUAUAACCUCCCCGACCGCACACACCCAUCUAAGUUAAGAGAUAUUUGCCUUAGAGCAUGCGGUAUGCCGAACGUUAACUGCAAAGUCAUCCGCCUUAGAAAAAAGUCAGACAGAUCGACUUGCCCCCUCUUGUUUAUGUUUGGCUGUUGUAACGAUGCUAAGCAGUUUAUUGAUUUGAGCAAAAACAUUAGCUCACUAAUUCCAUACAAAAAUAUAAAAGUCACUCCAGACCUUACGCCCUGUCAACGUCGUGUAAGAAGACGCGAAGCGAUAGAAUUGAAUGGGAGUGUUACAGUUAAUAAUCAGCCAGAGACAGUUUGCAACACAGCAAAUAGUUUAAAACACACGAACAUUAAGCAUGACACCACUCCACAUACGGCUGAUCACUCUGUUGAUCUAGAUGAGUCUACAGAUCAGAAACCUUUGGAUAAGAUACGGACCCCAACUGACACCAAAAACCAUAACGACAUGACUAAUCCCAGCUGUUCAUUCAGUAAUGUACUAAAAUGUGAGUCAUGUAACAACACAUGUGCAACUAAACCUAUACACUUGAAAAUUUGUCCUCCUAAAGACAUUCCACAAGUAGAAUUGAAUGAACGUAAGUUCAUCUCACAAAGACAACGAAAGAAUCCUGCUCUGAAAAUAAAGGAUGGGAAGACAAAACUCAUGAUACCGAAUAGGGAAACACGUAAGAUUGAACCCAACUGCUCUAUAGGUAUCCCAAGAACAGUGAACAGGUUCUCCCCGCUGCUAUCGUAUAACUUGCCUUCAACACCUCCAAGUUACAAAAAGGGUGGUGGGCUUCAACGUAGCAAGCCUUCUUACACGCAGACUAACGAAAACUACCAGAGAACUGGCCACCCAAAUCACCCCCUGAAGCCUAAAACCAUAAAUAAGAACGGUAAUAAUAGGUUUCUCACUCCACACCCUACCUACAUUCCCCAGGAUCGCAACUGUAAUUACUCUCAAAAAGAAAACUUCUCAUACCCUUUAGUACCGACCCAUCACAUAACAACGGCUCCCAUGUAUAACAACAGUCGCAACUCCUCCCAGUUACGCGUAGCAGACCCCUCUCGCGCUAACGUGAAUAGCCAUAACAGGGGCUACGAGUCUAACCAUCAAGACUAUUUUGUAAAUAACCAUACACUUCACAGUAGGCCUGUACAAGAUUUUUUUGGAAUAAGACCCCUAGUGACACCUCUGUUGAAGCAUAUAGCCCAGGUUAUUUCAAACCACAUGCAAAACAUAAAUUUGUUUCCUCCGUACAGUUUCCAUCACAGAGUACUCCCACCCUUUCCUCCUGGGUAA